AUGGCGCACGAUACUUCGAACAGUCUCUCAACACCAAAAAAUGAAUACCCUGGACUUGGACGUCCCCUGAGGAUAUUAGAUAAUAGUCGAUUCCCUUUUUAUCCCAUAGGCGCCCACGUCGAUUGUACCGGAACUGAGUCUGAACUCGUGCCUGUGCGAGAGCUUGCCAUGAUGGAUGUCAUGGAAAAGCUGACUGACAAGGAAAACUGGCAUCGGAAAGUUUUCGACGAAGAUAUUGUAGCAAAGUGGCGCAAAGAAGCCCUUGCAGUCCCGGACGCCGACUUCUGGACCUUGGCAACCUACGCGAAGUUACAGAUGUGGCCCAACGACGAUGGGCCACCCGUCUUUGAGAACCCGAGUUCCCUCGAAUGCGGAUUAACAAAUAUCAUGGACGAGGCCACUUUCCAGAGUUGUAUCGAAGAACUUCGCAGCAAAGCAAAGUACUUUGAGCUGACUGGAAUCAUCCCUACACUCGACGCAUCAGCUUCAAUUGCCAAAUCUGAUGUCAUUGUGCCUGCCGGCCUCCAGGAAGAUCUACGCAUUGCAUUUGACAAACUCAAAACUGAUUGUGCAUCUUCCCCGGACUGGCAUCCCAACUCGGGCGAUAUGGUACAGGACUUGGUACAUCCUUCAAUGUACCCACUUGUUUACGGCCGAAGCCGCGGAUUCCGAACAGAGAAAGUCGGUGUGACUGACGCCAUCAGGCGUUGGGCUGGCAAGGGAGACAUUAUCCCUAAACUAGAAUCCGAUGCUCUCGAAACAGCACUCGCAAACCAGCCAUCCUUCCCAAAUUACGAUUUGUCCACUGACCAUCGAAUUCCAGCAGAAUAUUGGUCAGAUACAUACCAGUGGCUACCAGCCAACGUGGCCUUCGGGGAAGGUGGCAAAGUCAAGUUUACUAGCUAUAUCAAUAACCUUCACCCUACUAAAUACCCGGAUAUCUAUCGCAUAAUCGAGAGAUUGAUAGAGACAUCAAUUCCUAUGUGGGAUCAAUGUCUACGGAUGGCGACUGACUAUGGCGAAUGUCAAGGUGCCGGUCGCCUUGCACCACGGGCUGAUAGGCCAGAGGAUGUCAGCGAUGAGGAAAUGCACCUUUGGAUUCCUGAUAACAUUGAGGCUUGUGCUGAUGAAGAUGUCGACAUGAGCGAGCUUGUGGAAAGAGGCUAUGACGAAGAAUUCUACGCCAGUCGUGAAGAAAGACGCCAAGAGGACUACAUGCAAUACAAAUGGGAGACGCUUCGGAAACCAAAGAUACCAGCAAUUCCUUUCAAAGAGGUCGAUUAUGCGCCGAAAGCUGGUCAACUUCUGGCUGAAAGGUUCGCUGCUUCUGGACUGCAGGUCAUUGUCAAGAUGGCCUCGAUCGAACUGACGCCGGAAAAGCCGGAAUUUCCAGUUGGCGGAUGGCACGUUGAGGGACAGAUGAACGAAAAGAUAUGCGCCACUGCCUUGUAUUACUUGGAUAGUGAUAAUAUAACUGAUGACAACCUCUCAUUCCGCAUGCAGAUCCCCGAGGGCAUUGAGGAGGAUUUUGAAGUAGGUCAGGAUGCAUACCACUGGCUGGAGCAGAUCUACGGUACCGCAUUGGGGUGCGGCAAUGGUCCUCGUCUACAAAACUACGGUAGUGUUCAGACGCGUCAGGGACGCCUUUUAGCAUUUCCCAAUGUCUUCCAGCAUCGCGUCUCCUCUUUCAAACUCAUUGACCCCACCAAACCCGGCCACCGCCGCUUCAUCGCCCUGUGGCUCGUUGAUCCUACAAAACGCAUCAUCUCAACUGCGAACAUCCCGCCCCAGCAGAUGAGCUGGUACACAGAGUCCAUCUUCGGGUCCAGCGAACCAGCCCAACAAGCCACGCUGGAAGAGCUGCCCCCGGAUAUCGUCGAGCUGCUUGUCGAGCUCGGUUGGCCUGGCCUCACUAACAACCGUGAAUGCCGGCUCCCAGAAGAACUCAUGGACUUUGUGCGCGCACAUCUCAAACAGGACAAGUUUGCGCUGCCGAUGACUGUACAAGAGGCGAAUGAGCAUCGCUUGAAGCUUAUGCGUGAGAGGAGUGCUUUUGUCAAGAAGAGUGAGGAGGGGUGGCAGAGGCAGACGUAUAGUUUUUGUGAGCAUUGA